UAGUCUCCACGGACGGUCAAAGUCUUUCGAAUGUUCGUCGAUCGUGCGAUACGAUCACCAUCGAUCGUUCAUGUACCGUGAAACAGCGUAAAUAUGUGAAAAGAAAAAAAAUGGAAAUAAUAAAAUCAUAUAAUAUAAAAGUAAAACUCAGCUGAUCGUGUUAAUUAUAUUAUCUAUAAAGGAGUAUUAUUUCAUUGAGAAGUAUUAAAAGUGAAUCGAAGAUAAGAAUCGAUCAUCGACCGGUAAGAGCAUUGUUAUAAAAGAUCAUCAAUGAAAUCAACGUGCAAUAGAGUUAUUAGAAAUGCAGGAAACUAAAGAUUAAAAGUAGAAAGAAGAAGUUGAUUUUUUUGAGAAAAUAUAAUAUAUAUUUUUCAAUAUAAUUUCAUUAUAUAUACCAUACAUUACAUAUAUAUAUUGAUUGUAAUAAAUUAAUAAAUCAUGGGAGAAACUAUAUGUCUUUAUGGAAAAACGUCGCCGGAUAUAGAAAAUUUUCUAAAAGGAACAACGCCAUCCCGAACAUGCGCGGAUGUCGUUCUUUGUUGCUUCGGUGGUGAAAGGUUUUUGACGCAUCGACUCGUUCUUUCAGCUGCUAGUCCUUACCUACAGAAAAUUUUGGAGGCUGAUAACAAAUCGUCGAAUCAUCGAGAACCUAUAACCAUCGUAUUAGCAGAGAUCGAAUCAACGGAAUUAUCGGCAAUCCUCGAUUUUAUCUAUACCGGUAGUACGAAAGUAUCACGAGCAAGAUUGAAUGCAUUUCUACGAACAGCUACAGUCUUACACAUAUGUCUUCCACCCCUGCCUGCUGCGAUCAUCUGCAAUACAUUUGAUCGAGAGAAUACAUCGUAUACCUUCGAUUUCAAGGUUGGCCCAAGUCACCCACCGUAUGAAGUGUCUUUGGACUUAAGUAGAGUCACUGAACAUCCUCUAGAAUCGCUUAAAUUUCGAACAGAGGACUCUUGGGAGACACAAUUGACGUCACUGAAAUAUUCAGACAAAUUGGAAUCAUCUAACAAAGUAGAUUACCCAUGGAUAAACAAGGAUAUAGUUUACUCCGAGGAAAGAUGGUGGAAAACCGAUCGACGUCGUCGCCACGUAGCGAAUUGUGUGACGGCAUCACCUUGGCGUCAAAUCGUCAAACUUCAUCAUUCGCCAAAAGUUCGAUCGAAUCUGACGAAUGGUCUCAAUACCGAUAAACUAACGGACAAGUUGAAAGAAGAUAUAAUCAGCGUAACUUCGUAUGGUGUUCAAUACGACGAUUCUACCAAGCAACAUUCUUCUUUCGAAAGUAUCGUCGAUUCCAUCGAUACGACGUACCUAUCCAAAGAGGUUCGAGAAGAGAAGACAUCAGGGAGAAAAUCUGAAAGAGAAAAUCUCGAAGAUCCUCGUAAGGAUCUUCGAAGGAACGAAAAAGAAGAGACGAAAAAAGAGAAACCAUUUCGUUGUGCCGAUUGUGGGAAAGAAUUUUCGCAGUUGCGCAAUUACAAGUACCAUCGUAGCAUGCACGAAGGUACACGAGAAUUCGCGGCGAGUUGCCCGGAAUGCGGGAAAUACUUCAACGAUCGUGGUUACCUUAGCUCGCACAUGAAGAUCCAUCGUAAUCGUAAGGAAUACGCUUGUCUCGUAUGCGGCAAGAGUUUCAAUCAGCGAGUGGCUUAUAAUAUGCAUGCUAAGAUACACACCGGUUUGAAGCCACACAGUUGCGAACAAUGUGGUAAAGCUUUCUCGCGGAAAAUGCUUCUUAAACAGCAUCUCAGGACCCAUUCUGGUGAACGACCCUAUCGAUGUCACAUCUGUCAGAAGGCUUUUGCGGAUAGAUCGAACAUGACGCUUCACACGAAGCUUCAUUCUGGGUUGAAGCCUUAUCAAUGUAAUCUCUGUUCCAAGGCCUUCACGAAGAAGCACCAUUUAAAGACUCACCUCAACUCUCAUACUGGAUCCAAACCUUAUUCAUGUUCCAAAUGUGGUCUCAAUUUUUCCCAAAGUAGCAAUAUGAGAACACAUUUUAAGAAAUGUACGUACGAAACAAAUUCCAUAAUUCUGAUUGAUAAUUCGAGGAAGAUGAAACUCUAAUCGACAAAAUAAUCUAUGCUUUAUAAAAAGCAAAUGUAAACAUUUCGAAAUCAAUUGUAUAACUUACG